AUGACGAGAGCAGCGGUGUUCCUGUGGUUGCUGGGCGCGUCGCUGGCGGCGUCCCCAUCUUCUUCAUCGUCGCAGUCAUCCUCGACGACCCGUCGUCUCCGUCCUUCUUCGUCCACCUCAGUUGUCUCGUCGUCCAGUUCAACGUCGACCAAGAGGGACGACUUCAGCGCCGCCGCGUCCUCCAGCCACCCGGUCUACUCGCCCUCGGUCGGGUCCCCGUCCUCCGUGUACGGGGCGUCCUCGCCGUACGGCACUUCCGCUUCCGGAUACUCCGGAAGCGGAUCUGGGGGCUACGGCUCGGUGGGUGGCUCAGCGGGUGCAUACGAAGCGGCUGCGUCGAGUAACACGUACCACAGCCAGGCGAGCCCCAACAGCAACCUGUACUACUACUACUAUCCGGUGUCGAAGAACAGCGGCCAGCAGACCUCCAGCGCCUCGGACGCCGAAUACCAGGCGAGUGCGGCGCAGAACUACGCGGGCGUCUCGGCUCCCGGCAGCGGCUCGUCGGGCUCGUCCUCUUCUUCGGGUGCGUACGACCAGGCGGCGAGCGCCUCUUCUUCCUCGGGCUACGGUGCCUCGGCCGAUGGGGGCCACUCUUCGUCGGGCUACGAGCACGACUCGAACGCGGCCGCCUACAACGCGGCCGCGGCCGCCAGCUACCAGCAGCAGCUGCAGGCGUACGCCGCGCAGGGUGGCGGACACUACGGACCCAGCGCGGCGCAGUACGCUCACCUGAGCCAGUUGGCGCAGCAGUACGGACCCCAGCUGGCGGCCGCGCAGCAGUACGCCCAGUACGCCCAGCCUGGCACCGGACACUACGGCGGAGGAGGAUCCUACCCGUCGCCGUCUUUCCAGGGAAGCUACGACACGUCCAAGAGGUACUACGGCCUGGGCUCGGUGAUCAUGCCCCUGCUGGCGCUGGCAGGCUUGGGCCUGCUCAUCCCGACGGUGACCAGCCUGAGCGGAAAGAAGAAGCGGUCCAUCGAGGACGCCAGCCGUGCACACCUGGGUGACUACGCCGAGCGGCUGGAGCGCUACUUCAAGAUCUACCGGGCCGCCGUCGAGAGCGAAGAGUGCAUGAACCGCAUCGUGUGCGAGCUGGGAGACGCCGUCAGCAACGUGCGCGGAAAGUCGGCGCUGCUCACGGUGAUGGAGAAGUUUGCACCCGGCUGGAUGAACAACAAAAUCGGAGUGUUCAAGAACGCUGCCCUGACCGUCGACACGACCAAGUGCUCCCGCUACAAGUGCUGAACGCCGCCGCUUGGCGGCGCAGAGGUCGAUCCUACGAGCAUCACGAAGCCCACCAGA